AUGAUAACUUCUAGGGGAAACUGCAGAUUUUUAGUACUUGCUGCAUUCAUUGCAGUAGCUAGUGCAGGUUCCUGGGAUUCGGGUCUCGGCUACGCCGCACCAGCUCUAGUUGGCCAUGGAUCUCAUGACGCCAUCUCUACCUACUCCACCGUACAGCAUCAUGCUCCAUCUGUACACUCCUACGCUGCUCACGCUCCCCUAGUCCAUGCUCCACUUGCUCAUUCCUACGCAGCUCCUUUGGUUCACGCUCCAAUCGCUCACGCUUAUGCUGCUCCAGUUGCUCACGUUGCUGAACCCUCAGCACCUGCCCACUACGAUUUCGCAUAUGGUGUAAGUGACCCCCAUACCGGAGAUGCUAAAAGCCAACACGAAUCUCGUCGUGGAGAUGUUGUUCACGGAAGCUACUCACUCUUGGAGUCCGAUGGAACCAAACGUACCGUCGAUUACACUGCUGAUGCACAUAAUGGAUUUAACGCCGUUGUACACAAAGAACCUGCCGUACAUACUGUUGCUCCAGUUGUUGCCAAAAUCGCAGCCCCAGUAGCUUAUGCUGCCCCAGUAGCUCAUGCCGCUUAUGCUGCUCCAGCAGUUCAUGCCGCGUACGCUGCUCCAGUUGCCCAUGCUGCUUAUGCCGCCCCAGUUGCCCAUGCCGCUUACGCUACUUCAGCUGUUCAUGAAUACUCUGGCUCAGUUGCUCAUGGUUACGCUGCUCCUUUGGUUCAUGGUCAUCAUGGUUAUGCUGCUCAUGCUCCAGUUCUUUCACAUAACUUAUGGUAA